AAUGAUUGUGGUGAAUUCUUUAAAUUGUGACAGACUAGUACAAAAAGGAAGCCAUGCUAAGAUCUUUAGUUCUUUAUUCAGCUUUAUUCAAGAAAACUUAUACGCUAGCAAGUUUUCAAAGAGUAACAAAGUUUACGCAUCACUCCACCACGUUUUUGUCAGCUUUGGGUUAUUUGCCAAACAAAAACUAUCUAUUUUCAAAAAGGCAUAAGAGCAGCUCAAAAAGGGGAAAGAGUGAAGCUCCGAAGAAAGGGAACAACCACCACCACCCAGUUGUCAGUAGUGACCCUCCUCCUUAUGAGGGAUAUCCUUCUUCAGACGCUCCUCCUUCGUCUUCCUCUUCUUCACCUCCUCCGGCUCCAGUAAACUCUGAUGAAACUGUCAUAGACUGGGAUGUCGUCCAAGAGCGAUUCAGGGAAUUGCAAGCACAAGUUCCAGGUGCAAGCUUGCCAGCGUUCGUUCACACUGAACAACAUUGCUCUAUAACGUUACCUAUUCAGAACAAAGUGAAGAGAUCCACUCUUGUAUUAUACUUUGCAGAAAAGGCAAUAGAAACAGGAUUACUUCUUCGUGCAAGUGACUUGGAUAUCUCUUUUCGCACCUGUACCAAAAAUGGUGCCUCGGUAGUCGUUCGUUCUUCGUUUCGAGUAGAUAUAUGGGGAGAAGAAAACGAUAGUUUUCCAAACAAUAUCCGUUAUGAGAAGCAAGCUCCAUUUUUGUUGAAGAAAGAGUUGGAUAUGUUGUUGAAUGCCUAUGAAGCUUGUCAUUCAACAGAAGCUUUCAACGUGGUUACUCAUCUGGAUAUUUAUGACACUUUGGGAAAGUACUUGCAACGUUUGGAGUCCAAAAUGCACAAUCUUCUUCCCAACAUGAAGAGUAAAACAAGUUUGGAAGAAGAUGAAGAUGAAGAUACUAUCGGUAGUUUUGAUCGAAUAGAAAAGUUGGAAAGAAAAGUAUCACGAUAUGGUGCCUCCAUAUUCUUUCCAGAGGAUUCCUUUUCCUGGGAUAUGUUGGCAGGAUACCGAUAUCAAAAAGAAAAGGUAGAAGAAGCUGUGGUACUUCCUCUUGUUCAUAGAGAUAUUUUUGAAAAAGUGAGUUGCAGUGUAAGAAAGUCAUACCGUUCACCUAUUCCAAAAGCCGUUCUAUUUGAAGGUCCACCAGGCACUGGGAAGACUACGGUUGCCAAAAUACUAGCUAGUCGGGGAAACAUUCCUUUGGUACAUGUAACUAUGGAAGCCAUUACUAGUAAAUGGUAUGGAGAUUCGGAAAAGAAGUUAUCCAAGCUUCUUCAAGUAUGUAAUGAUUAUGGACCCUGUUUUGUAUUUUUAGAUGAGAUUGAUUCCUUUUUGGGCGAUCGUUCUUCUAUGCAUGAAGCCACUCGACGUACAUUGUCUGUUCUGUUGAGACAUUUGGAUGGUCUUACGGGUCAAAGCAAGUCUAUUCUUAUUGCAGCAACCAAUCGAAAGAAUGACUUGGACGCUGCUUUGUUAUCACGAUUUGAUGAAAUUAUACAUUUUGAGUUACCUGAUAUUGAUACUCGAGCAGACAUUAUUCAUUUAUAUGCGACUCAUCUACCACGAGAAGGUUUGUAUACUUUGGCAAGUAUGGGAAAGGAAUUUUCUGGAAGAACGAUUUCAGAUGCUUGCAAAGAAGUUGAAAGAACAUGGGCUGCCAAAAUUGUUCGAGGUGAACAAAAAUUGGAUACUCUUCCUCCUCUCGAAGAAUAUUUCAAAGUGUUUUCACGUCGACAAGCGAAUGUAGAUUCGAUUGUUUCCUUACGAGAAGAAUGAAAGAUUGUUAGAAAGCAUCAGAGUACUUUU